AAAGCGAAGCUGUCACUUAGGCUGAGAUUUAUCAACUCUGAAGAGGAGCAAAUUAAAGGUUUUGAUGAACCCAUCAAUCCCACCACUGUGAUUUUCCAAAGGUUGAACCUUUGGGGAGCUGCAGUUGUUUCACUAAUAGGUUUUUAAAGAUUAGGCAUUGGCGCUUUUGUCUGGAGCAGAUCUGCGGAGUUGUUGUUUUUUUCCUUUUUCUUUCAUGCUUUAUUAUUUCCUGAUUCUGCAGUGGGAUGGGUCUGUUGAGAAAGAUUUUCAUUCCCUUUGUAGGAUUGGUCUUGGCCUUCUGUUUUUAUUCAGCAAGGGAGGAUUUUAAACCUGAGAUGCUGAAAGGGAAGCGAGUGAUUGUCACUGGAGCAAGCACUGGAAUUGGAGAGCAAAUGGCUUAUCACCUGGCACGGAUGGGAGCCCAUGUUCUGGUUACAGCACGGACGGAAGCCAAGCUUCAGAAAGUCAUCACCCGGUGUCUGGAGCUGGGUGCAGCCUCCGCGCAGUAUGUGAGCGGCAGCAUGGAGGAUGAGGUCUUUGCCGAGCAUGUGGUGAAGGAGGCUGAACUAGUGCUGGGAGGCCUAGACAUGCUGAUCCUCAACCACGUUGGCAACUCGUACUUCAAUUAUUUUGACGGAGACGUGGGGCACGUGCAGAAGCUUCUGAAGAUUAACUUUCUCAGCUACGUGGCCAUGACCGUCUCGGCGCUCCCCAGGCUGAAAGACAGUGGGGGCAGCAUCGUGGUGGUUUCAUCCAUGGCAGGUAAAGCUGGGUUUCCAUUUACCGCUCCCUACUCUGCAACAAAGUUUGCCUUAGAUGGGUUUUUCAGCUCCUUGCGGCAGGAAUUAAUCAUUCAGAAGGUUGAUGUUUCCAUCACACUCUGUAUACUUGGCUUCAUUGAUACAGAAAGUGCCAUGAAAGCAGCUUCCGAUGUGGUGCUGGUGUCCCCUGCACCGAAGGAGGAGUGUGCGCUGGAAAUCAUCAAGGGCGGAGCCCUUCGCCAACGGGAAAUUUACUACAAAUACGCAGCUACCAAAAUCCCCCUCUUGAUCCGGGACUGGGCUCCAGAACUCCUGGAUUAUCUGAUCAGAAGAAGUUACAACGUGGAGAACCUAAAGAAAAAUUAAUCAGUCUGAGUCCUCCGGUGCCUUUCCAUUCAUACCUGUCUCUGGGGUUACCUUAAUCAAGGCCUGGUAUACUGUGGAGCUCCCUAGCCCAGGCUCCUUCUCACUGAGGGAAUGCAAUGCUGGGAUCCCUCAUUGUGUGACCCUGGGAUCACAUGGCAUUUUACAGUCCUGAAAACCAAUGCAGCAUGCCGAGGGUUGCCAGGUGUCUGGUUUUCGGCUGGAAAGCCCGGUCAAAAAGGGACCCUGGCGGCUCCAGUCAGCACUGCUGACUGGGCCGUUAAAAGUCCAGUAGGCACCGCAGCAGGGCUAAGACAGGCUCCCGGCCUGCCGUGGCUCUGCGCGGUUCCCGGAGCCAGCAGCAUGUCCCCCCUCUGG